CCCUCUCACAGACUCCAUCGCCUUGACUCGUUUCUUCUUCUUCUCCUCCGGGAUCUGCGCGUUUCUCUCUCUUCCGGUUGUCGUCUGUUCGUGUGGCAGAAAAAACUGUUUUGUCGAAAUGGCCAAGUCAAAGAACCACACAACUCACAACCAGUCUCGCAAAGCCCACAGGAAUGGCAUCAAGAAGCCCACAUCCCAGCGCUAUGAGUCACUGAAGGGGGUGGACCCUAAGUUCCUGAAGAACAUGCGCUUUGCCAAGAAACACAACAAGAAGGGCAUGAAGGCGGCAAGGAAAGCAGCAGCAGCAGCCCAGCAGAAAUAAGCCGCUAUGUUUCCACCAUUGCAAUAAAGCUAUGCUUUGUUAACAAACCAA